AUGACAGUGGAGAUUACGCGCAACGAGUGCGUGGUGAAGCGUGGCGGCAAACCCGUCGCAACAGGAAGGAAGCAGGGGUUCCUCCUGUAUCUCAAUGCUGACUAUGGUACGGAGUGCCACAUGGCCGAAGACGAUACAGAGGUAUGGCAUAGAAGACUGGGUCACGUGUCGUAUGGUACGCUGAAUGCCAUGGUCAAGGACGGAAGGAUCAAGGGCGCAACGGUGAAGUCGAACGUUGCGUGUGACGCAUGCGCAACGUCAAAGCGUGUGCGCAAGUCAUUUAAGUCAAGCGAUGAAGACUCUGACACCAGCGAGAAAUCGCGCUCCGAUGUGGUGGUGUGCUCCGACAUUCUCGGACCUAUCACGCCAGCGUCUAAGUCUACUGUCAGUAACAUCGUAACCUUCAUUAAGAUGAAGAGCAGGUAUGUAACGGUCUAUCCGUUGCGAAAGAAGAGCGACGUUGCGAGUGCGUUCAAGCGGUUUUACCAAGAUAUCAAGACAGCAUCUGGAACGAAGAUAAAGGUGUUGCGAAGUGACAACGGCGGCGAAUACCGGAACGAAACGAUGAACAGCUUUUGCAAGGCAAAGUUCAUUAAGCAAGAGUUCACGUUUCCGUACAACCUAAGGCAGAACGGGAUGGCGGAGCGGAUGAACCGCACGCUGACAUCCAAAAUUCUGCCGAACGCGUCGAACAAGAAUUCAAGCCCACACGAGAUGGUGUUCAAGAAGGUUCCGCGCAUCGAUCACAUGCGCGUGUUUGGUGCGCAAUGCUAUGCGCAUGUGGCGAAGGAGAAGAGGAAGAAGCUGGACGACUCAGGCGUGCGAUGUUUCUUUCUCGGCUAUGCGAAGGACCAAAAGACCGUCACGUUCGCUGAGCAUUCUGUCUCGAAAGCAUCGAAAAGCAGAGACACUCGGGUGUUCGAUGUCAUUAAAGAAGAGGAAAGUGUGGAGGCGUCGCUACCCGAUGAUGAAGACAAACCAGCGCCGGUGACCGAACAAGAGCUACGCACCCCACCACUUCGAGCACAGAACAGCUCUCAUCACGGACCAAGUGAUCGACCAAGCGACACCAUUCCCACGCGCGCAUCCAGCACACCCGGAAGAAAUGGAGAAGAAGAGUGGAUGGUGCGACCGGUUCGGAAGAAGCGCGGCGUGGUCCGCUACGAACAAGAAUUUCCAAGCCAUCGUCGCGGUCACUUCAAUUUGGACGACUACGAAGGUGACUUCGACUCUUUCUACUGUUUCUCGGCUGAAGAAGAUGAGGAACAAGCGUCCAGAUAUCAAGAAGUGAUGAAGAGCAGCUACAAGGAGCAGUGGCUCCAGGCAAUGAAGAGUGAGAUGAAUUCGCUUGAAGAACACAGCACAUGGAAGCUAGUGGACAUGCCACCGGGCAAGAAGUCCGUUGGCUGCAAGUGGGUCUUCAAGAUUAAACGCGAUCCAAGUGGCGAGAUCAUCAAGUUCAAGGCACGCUUGGUUGCGAAGGAAUUUACGCAGCGUCCUGGCAUCGACUACAACGAGACCUUUGCACCAGUGGCGGUCAAGGAAUCUAUCAACACAGUGUUGGCGAUCGCUGCAGCUGAAGACCUGGAAGCAGAAAACGUUGAUGUCGACACAGCGUUUCUCUACGGCGAAGUGGAAGAGGAGAUCUACAUGGACCAACCUGACGGUUUUGAAGAUAAAGGAAGCCCGAAAAAGAAGUGUUUGCUGCAGAAGGCGCUACACGGGACGAAGCAAGCGGCGCGGCAGUGGAACAACAAGUUGAGUCAGCACUUGGUUGAUCAAGGAUUCAAGAGCAGUGCAGCGGACCCGUGUGUGGUCGUUCGAGUGGCGAAAGAGGAGUACAGCAUUAUCGUGAUCUACGUGGACGACUUGAUGCUUUUCUGCAAGACGAAGGGGCACAUCGCAAGUAUCAAGAACUCUUUGAUGGAAGAAAUCAGCAUCAAAGAUCUUGGAGAUCUCAAGUACUGCCUCAGGAUCGAGAUUCAUCGCAAGCGUGGAGAUGACACGAUAAAGAUAAACCAGAAGGCGUACAUCACGCGACUGUCGGAGAAGUUCGGCGUCGAGAACUGGAAGGACGUGCAAACGCCGCCGGGAAGCAGCUCGAAGCUGAUCAUGAUGGGUCAAGAGAAAGAGUUUGUGCCCAUACCGUAA